GAGCCUCGGAGGAGAGAGGAGCCAACCAACAGAAGGCGAAGAAAGAGGAAGUGAAAACAUCAGCACAAUCUAGCGCACAGGAGAGGGACAGAAAACACAGAACUGACUGUCUAUCUGUGACACAAACUCCGAACAUCAGCGCUUUGGCACAGGAUAAGUCCCCGCGCUUUGCCAGCAACAUCUGUGGAAGUUGGCUAACCCCUUACACACACACACACACUCGUGCCUGCUUGGUGGGACCAACUGCAGCAUGUAGAUGGGUGGUGGGAGGUUUGGAUGAGAGCUCUUCAGCAGUGAGACAGUGAGAGGCACCUCCACACCCCCUCCACCGCCAUCAUGCCACCGCCAUCCGAUAUUGUCAAGGUGGCCAUCGAGUGGCCGGGGGCCUUCCCCAAGCUCAUGGAGAUAGACCAGAAAAAGCCCCUCUCGGCCAUUAUAAAAGAAGUGUGCGAAGGAUGGUCUUUAGGGAACCACGAAAACUUUGCUCUGCAAAAUGCCGAUUCCACUAAUUUCUACAUCACAGAAAAGAAUCGCAAUGACAUAAAGAAUGGUUCGAUACUGCGACUAACAACAUCUCCUUCUCAGACAGCGGCCCAGCUCCACGAGAGGAUCCAGUCAUCCAGUAUGGAUGCCAAGCUGGAGGCUCUGAAGGACCUGGCCAACUCUUCCAGAGACGUCACCUUCGCCCAGGAGUUCAUCAACCUGGACGGCAUCUCACUGCUCACACAGAUGGUGGAGAGCGGCACAGAACGCUAUCAGAAACUACAGAAGAUAAUGAAGCCAUGUUUCGGCGACUUGUUGUCGUUCACGCUGACAGCGUUUGUGGAGCUCAUGGACCACGGCAUCGUCUCCUGGGAUACCUUCUCUGUCGCUUUCAUCAAGAAGAUUGCAGGUUAUGUGAACAAGUCAGCCAUGGACACGGCUGUGCUGCAGCGGUCCCUGGCCAUCCUGGAGUCCAUGGUGCUCAACAGUCAGGACCUCUACCAGAAGGUGGCGCAAGAGAUCACCAUCGGACAGCUUAUACCCCAUCUGCAGGGGACUGAUCAGGACAUUCAGACCUACACCAUCGCUGUGAUUAACGCCUUGUUCCUCAAGGCCCCAGAGGACAAGAGACAGUUUGAUGAGAGCAGUGUGAACAUCCUUGAUUGUCCUCUGACAGAGAUGGCCCAUAUUCUAGCCCAGAAGCAGCUGCGUUCCAUCAUACUGAGUAAUGUGAUCCGGAGCCCUAAGCCAAUCAAUGAUGAAAUGGCCCACCAGCUGUAUGUGCUGCAGGUCCUGACCUUUAACCUCUUAGAGGACCGCAUGAUGACCAAGAUGGACCCUCAGGACCAGGCCCAAAGAGACAUCAUCUUUGAGCUGCGCAGAAUUGCAUUCGACGUGGAGUGUGAGCCGAACAACAGUGGCAGCAUCGAGAAGAGGAAGUCCAUGUACACCCGCGACUACAAGAAGCUGGGCUUCAUUAACCAUGUGAACCCUGCUAUGGACUUCACUCAGAUUCCUCCUGGGAUGCUGGCUCUGGAUAACAUGCUGUACUUCGCCAGACACCACCAGGAUGCCUACAUCAGGAUUGUUCUGGAGAACAGCAGUCGUGAGGACAAGCACGAGUGUCCGUUCGGCCGCAGCAGCAUCGAGCUGACCAAGAUGCUGUGUGAGACCCUCAAAGUGGGAGAGCUGCCCAGUGAGAACUGCCAUGACUUCCACCCCAUGUUCUUCACCCACGACCGCUCCUUUGAGGAGUUCUUCUGCAUCUGCAUCCAGCUGCUCAACAAGACCUGGAAGGAGAUGAGGGCCACCAGCGAAGACUUCAACAAGGUGAUGCAGGUGGUGAGGGAUCAGAUCAUGCGAGCGCUGACACAGAAGCCUAAUUCCCUGGACCAGUUGAAGAGUCGCUUGCAGAACCUGAGUUACACUGAGAUUCUGAAGAUACGCCAGUCUGAGAGGAUGAACCAAGAAGACUUCCAGUCCCGCCCCAUCCUGGAGCUGCGGGAGAAGAUCCAGCCAGAGAUCAUGGAGCUGAUCAAACAACAGAGGCUCAACCGUCUGUGUGACGGAACCUGCUUCAGGAAGAUCAGCAGCCGCCGGAGGCAAGAUAAGUUCUGGUACUGUCGACUGUCUCCGAACCAUAAAGUCCUGCACUAUGGAGAUCUGGAGGAGACCCCUCAGGGAGAGGUGUCCCAUGACUCUCUACAGGAGAAAUUGCCUGUGGCCGAUAUCAAAGCGGUGGUCACUGGUAAGGACUGUCCUCACAUGAAGGAGAAGGGAGCUCUGAAGCAGAACAAGGAGGUUCUGGAGCUGGCCUUCUCUGUCCUCUACGAGUCAGACGAGUAUUUAAACUUCAUCGCUCCGGACAAGCAUGAGUACUGUGUGUGGACGGACGGUCUGAACGCCCUUCUGGGAAAGGAGAUGACCAGUGACUUCACCAAGUCAGACAUGGACACCCUGCUCUCCAUGGAGAUGAAGCUCCGCCUCCUCGAUCUGGAGAACAUCCAGAUUCCAGAGGCCCCUCCCCCAAUUCCCAAGGAGCCUAGCAACUAUGACUUUGUUUAUGACUGCAACUAACUAACCAACCGAUCAAAAUCCCCUAGCUACUGGACUGGACCUACCAACUCUCUCUUUCCUAAAACGGCAACUGGAAAAAAGAAAAAGAAACUAAUGACGAUGAAAAUGAUGAGUGACAGAAAAAGGAUUCUAUUGAACUAGUUUCCUUACUUCUUGCUAUACUUGCUAAACUUUCUUUUUGAAUUAAAGGGUGCGAUUUAAUACGUUUGCGGCGCUUAAUGACUCUUUGCGGCACUAGGUGGCCCACUGACUGAAUCAUCACGUCACCAUGGAGGACAAACCAGGAAGCAUCCAUAUGGGUCCUUUGGGUCCUAAACAUUCUCAACAUUCUCUAAACGUUGUUGUUUGGUCAUCGCUCUCCAAGAUGUCCUCACAGUCUUCUUCUCACCUCAACCCUGUGCACUCUUCUCUCCUCCUUCACGGAAGAAUCUGCCAUUUGCUUGGGGUUUGCUGUAGAAACUCUCUUUGAUAAACGCUUGGUUGUCCUUUUUCGUUUUGUUGAUUUUCUACAGACUGUUGGAUGAGAGGUGUGGCGUUUUUAUAAAAAUAUAAAGAAGUGCUGGGGACGUUAGUCUUUAGUUCUCCAACGUUCUUUGUGCGUUCAAAAUGGCACCCUAUUUCCUAAAUAGUGCACUACUUUUAGUGCACUAUAUAGGGAAUAAAGUAGCGCACUAUAUAGGGAACAGGGUGCCAUUUCAGAAGCAGGCUCGGUCUCCCAUUCACGCUUACGUGGCAGCUAAUGUCUCUGAGAGGAAGAAAGGAUCAAGUGUAUUUAAGAUGUUGAAAUGUGUAUUAAUACUUUUCUCCCUGGUAUCUUUCUGCAUACUUCACAUACUGUGUAGACUGUUACAAUACAUGUGUCAUUCUAAAAAUGACACUGUUAUACAAUACGGGAAACUGCCUCUGAAGUUCAUGAAAUCUUCUAUCCUAUAUCACGGCUGCUUUGACCAUGCUGUAUACCCAAACAAACACAACUGUAAUACAUGCUUGCUCAGACAUACACAUCUCUCUUUCCUCCAACUUGAUACCAUUCGAUCAGGCUCGAUUACGACUGCUGUAACUUUUCAAAGCAAUAUUGAGCAACAAAAAAAAAAAAUGUUAAGCUGAUGGUGUAAUUUAGUGAUAUUUGUGAUGCUGCCAAGUAGUCAGUAUUGGGGACGUUUGCGUUUUUAGUAAAGGGAAGUUGUUCUCUGUUUGUUUUCAAGAACUAUGUGGCCGUCAAUUUGGAGGUUCGUGGAAAUGUAAUUUAAAAGCAAAUCAUGAGUCAACAUUUUUAAUAUGAUUUAUUAUUUUCCCUAUUUAAUACCUUCAGAUGUUCGUCUCUAGGUCUGAAAGCCCCUCAACCUGCUGUUUACAUUAAAGAUUUAAGGAAACUGA